CCUGCACCGUUUGAGCCGUGCUUAUCCAGAGUUGCCUAUUCUUGGCCUGGUUGACUGGAAUCCAGCAGGACUGGCAGUUUUAUGUACAUUCAAAUAUGGAAGCAUUGGAAUGGGACUGGAGGCAUAUAAAUAUGCUUGCAAUGUUAAAUGGCUAGGAAUUCGAAGAGAUGAUUUGGAACUCAUACCGGAACAAUCUUUCAUUCCUCUCAAACCACGGGACCUUCAAAUAGCGAAAAGCUUGUUGUCCUUGGGGAUUUUACAGGAGAAGUAUAGAGAAGAAGUUGAAAUGAUGGUUGAGAGGGGUCAAAGAGCAGAGAUUGAAGCUCUCUAUUUCCAUGGAUUUGAUUUCUUGGGUAAGUACUUGGCAAAGAAAAUUGUUCAAGCAAGCUAAAUAUGAUAUAGCAUAUACGAAAGAUCUAGAUCUUUUUAUUUGAUUGUCUGGCUUGUUUUGGGUUGUUAAUUUGCAUAGUUAACCCAUUAGGAUAACU